AUGAGCACGCCGCCGCUGUACACCAACUCGCUCCUCUUCGCGCGCCUCCCCAACCUCUCCACCCCGCACUUCCUCUCCACCCUCAUAUCCGACGCCGCCGCGUCCACCAAGGAGCGGCUCCUCAUCAUCCUAUUCUCCCCGCUCUUCAAGAACGGCGCGAUCUCGCACACGGAGUCGUGGGACGCGGUCCAGUGCAUCCUCACCUUCGUGUACGUGCAGGCGACGAAAAUAGCACAGGAUGCCGACAGGGUGCUGAUGGACGUGGACGUGCUGCUGAAGGCGAGCGACGAGGAAAUAGGGGAGGACGUCCUAGCGGAGAUGGAGGCGGUAUAUCUUGUCCAGGGCGACCUCAUAACUGCGCACCUCCCCCCAUCCCUGGGCUCUCUGCCCCAUAUUUACCUUCCCCGGGAUCCGUUCUCUCACCCUGGUUCCCCCGUCGUGUCCAAUGGCACCGACAAUGCCACCCAUAACCACAAGUCAUAUCCUCCAACGUACCCCGUAGUUGCGCUUGGCGGCACAUUCGACCAUCUCCACGCCGGACACAAGAUUCUACUCAGCAUGGGAGCGUGGAUCGCGUCCGAAAAGCUCAUUGCCGGCGUAACAGACGACGCAUUACUGGGCUCCAAGUCGAAUAAAGACCUCCUCCAACCUCUUCCAGUCCGUAUAUCCCGCAUCCUCCAAUUCCUCCGACUCUUCAAUCCCCAUAUCCAUUACGACGUCGUACCGAUUAACGAUGUGUAUGGCCCAACUGGGUGGGACCCCAACGUUCAGGGACUCGUGGUGAGCAAGGAGACGCUGGGUGGUGCUGCUGCUAUUGCCAAACACCGCGAAGCCCACUCUCUCCCCGCGCUUCAGACCUUCGUGAUCGACGUGAUCUCAUCGAGCGACGCCAAGUUGGAGCACGACGAUAUCGAGAUGCUGAAGCAGACGAAGAUGAGUAGCACGUUCAUCCGGGAGUGGAUAGCAGCGAAGAAGAGGUCAGAGGGAAACCAAUAA